GUGUGUGUGUGUGUUUUCUCUGUGUUGGCCAUGCGUCCCAUGAGACUGAAGGACUUCUGAGCUUCUCCCUGGGAAUUCCUGCUGCUGCCCCGCAUGUUUGUUGGAUAUGGGAAUCCGGAACGUUUGGGAAUUGCUUGUGGCAGGAUACUGAAAGACCCGGGACUCUAACAGGAUAAAGUUUCACUGGAGUUGGGAAGUCACAUAUGGAAACACGAGAACGUGGAGUUGCCCUCAGUUAGGAUCCUGGACACGUGUGUGUGUGUUUGUGUGUGUGUGUGUGUGUGAGGUACUGAGUGUCCACGUGUGUGUGUGUGUGUGUGUGUGUGUGUGUGUGUGUGUGUGUGUGUGUGCAUAUGUACGGCUGAGUGAGUGAACAAGUUUCUACAAGAGAAACAGUGUGUGUGUGUGUGUGUGUGUGUGUGUGAGCGUGUGUGAGAGAGGGAGAAGCAGAUCGAUAGGUAGCUACAGUAGGAUCCAGGCACCAUGUCAGGUGUGACCAGGAAAGGUUCUGGUCGUCCCGGUUACUACUACCGGUUCCUGGGUCGGACCCGUCUCCAGAGGCAACGGAGUCGUUCACGCAGCCGGACUCGACCCGCCACCAACCGGGACUCUCCUCCUGAGAGGACCGGUCGGAGGAGGAGUAUGCCAGGCUCCGAUAAAGUCCUGCCCAACAUGGAGCCCGCUGCUGCCGCAACACCCUUCAGAGUCACCGGCUUCCUGAGUCGGCGGCUGAAGGGUUCUAUCAAGCGCACGAAGAGCCAGCCCAAACUGGACCGCAACAGCAGCUUCAGACACAUCCUGCCUGGCUUCAGAGGAGCCGACACCGACAGAUCCCAUCUGAUGCCGAGGUUGAAGGAGUCUCGCUCCCACGAGUCGUUACUGAGCCCCAGUAGUGCGGUCGAAGCUCUGGACCUCAGCAUGGAGGACGAGGUGCUCAUCAAACCUGUGCACACCAGCAUCCUGGGACAGGACUACUGCUUUGAGGUGACCACGUCGACGGGCAGUAAGUGUUUCUCGUGUCGCUCGGCCGCUGAGAGGGACAAGUGGAUGGAGAACCUGAGACGAGCCGUCCACCCAAACAAGGACAACUGUCGGCGGGUGGAGAACAUGCUCCGCCUGUGGAUCAUCGAGGCCAAGGACCUGCCGGCCAAGAAGAAGUACUUCUGCGAGCUGUGCCUGGACGAGAGCCUGUACGCGCGCACCAGCUGCAAGCUCAAGGCCGACAACGUCUUCUGGGGCGAGCACUUCGAGUUCGCCAACCUGCCGGCCGUGCGCUCCGUCACCGUCCACCUCUACAAGGACAGCGACAAGAAGAAGAAGAAGGCCGACAAGAACAACUACGUCGGCCUGGUCAACAUCCCCGUCGGCGCGGUCAGCGGGCGGCAGUUCGUGGAGAAGUGGUACCCGGUCAGCCUGCCCAACCCGGGCAAGGGCAAGGCGCCGGGGCCGAUGAUCCGCAUCAAGGCGCGCUACCAGAGCAUGAGCAUCCUGCCCAUGGAGCUGUACAAGGAGUUCGCCGAGUACACCACCAACAACUACAUGCUGCUCUGCUCCGUGCUGGAGCCGGCCCUCAGCGUCAAGAACAAGGAGGAGAUGGCCUGCGCACUCGUGCACAUCCUGCAGAGCACCGGCAAGGCCAAGGACUUCCUGACGGACCUGAUGAUGUCAGAGGUGGAUAGGUGCGGCGAGAACGAACACCUGAUCUUCAGAGAGAACACACUCGGCACCAAAGCCAUCGAGGAGUAUCUCAAAUUAGUGGGACAGAAGUACCUACAAGAUGCACUGGGUGAGUUUAUAAAGGCCCUGUAUGAGUCGGAUGAGAACUGUGAGGUGGACGCUUCCAAGUGUUCCGCGGGGGACCUGGGGGAACACCAGAGCAACCUGAAGAUGUGCUGUGAGCUGGCCUUCUGCAAGAUCAUCAACUCCUACUGCGUGUUCCCGCGGGAGCUGAAGGAGGUGUUUGCGUCGUGGCGACUGGAGUGCAGUAACCGGGGGCGACCGGACAUCAGCGAGCGCCUGAUCAGCGCGUCGCUCUUCCUGCGCUUCCUGUGUCCGGCCAUCAUGUCGCCGUCGCUCUUCAACCUGACGCAGGAGUACCCCGACGACCGCACCGCACGCACGCUCACGCUCAUCGCCAAGGUCACGCAGAACCUCGCCAACUUCACCAAGUUUGGCAAUAAGGAGGAGUACAUGUCCUUCAUGAACCAGUUCCUGGAGCACGAGUGGACCAACAUGCAGCGCUUCCUGCUGGAGAUCUCCAACCCAGAGACCAUCUCCAACACCGCCGGCUUUGAGGGCUACAUCGACCUCGGCCGAGAGCUGUCCACCCUGCACUCGCUGCUCGCAGAGGUCGUCUCACAGAUGGACCAGACUUCGGCCUCGAAGCUCGGCCCAUUACCCAGAAUCCUCCGGGACGUGCACACAGCGUUGACCAAUCCGGCGGGAGUUCAGAUGAUGGCGCCGCCCGACCGCAUGCCCUCUCCUCCCGCCCCCAGCUGCAGCAUCUCCACCGGCCUCCAGAAGAUGGUCAUCGACAGCGACCUAUCAGGCCUGGUGGACUUCACUCGUCUGCCGUCCCCGACUCCCGAGAACAAGGACCUGUUCUUCGUGACGCGCGGCGGGGGCAUCCAGCCGUCCCCGGCCCGCAGCUCCAGCUACUCCGAGUCCAACGAGCCCGACCUGGGCCUGGGCACCGGCGGCAAGAGCCUCUCCAUGGUGGACCUCCAGGAGGCCUCGCGCAGCAGCCUGGACACUCCCCAGGGGAACAGCUCCCUGGACGGGCUCGGCGUGGAGGAAGGGGCCCUGGUGCCCUGGUCCGGCCGCACUCCCCAGGGCAACCACCAGGGGGGGCCCACGCUGCGGAGGCCGGGACAGUCGUCCAUGGAGGGGGCGCCGGGUCGACCGGCCCAGCUGCUGGCGCCGCUGUCCUUCCAGAACCCCGUGUACCAGAUGGCGGCCGGGCUUCCCGUGUCGCCCCGAACCAACUCGGGCGGGGUGGGCGAUUCCGGCUCGGAGUGCCACAGCUCCGUCAGCUCCCACAGCAACAACGAGGACGGCGUGUCGGCGCAGACCGGCGGCAAACACGGGCUGGCCAAUCACGCGGCCGGGAGCAGCGGAGGGGAGGAGUUUUCUGGCGGCGGCGGCGGUGGCGGGGGCCGUCGGUCGGGGGAGUACACCCGGCGACAGCUGUCACUCACCGACUCCCAGCACCAAUCGGGAGUGCCGCGGCAGAACAGCGCCGGCCCACAGAGGCGGAUCGACCAACCGCCGCCUCCGCCGCACGGCGCCACGACUCGAGGCCGGACCCCACCGAGCAUGCUCACAUCCGCCCCCUACCCUCGCCCCUCCAGCGGCAGCGUCAUGUCCUCCUCCUCGCCUGAUUGGCCGGGAAGCAGCGGGGCGAGGCUUCGGCAACAGAGCUCCUCCUCCAAAGGGGACAGUCCGGAGACCAAGCAACGCGCCCAGCACAAACAGGCCCCCCCCCCAGUGAACCCCAGUGCGUUGGACCGCACGGCGGCCUGGCUGCUGAAUAUGAAUGUGCCAUAUUUAGAGCAGGAGUCAGAACCCAGCCACAGAGACGAGCACACACACCCCGACAAGUACGCGGCGGAGGUGUGUGUGCUGCAGGACAAGCUGCGCUCGUCGCUGCAGAAGCUGGACGAGGCGGAGCUGCGUCUGAAGGAGCAGGAGGAGCAGGCCCAGAAGAUGCUGCUGCAGUACCAGAGCCGGCUGCACGAGUCCGAGGAGCGCCUGCGCCGGCAGCAGGACGACAAGGACCUGCAGAUGAAGGGCAUCAUUAGCAGAUUGAUGUCAGUGGAAGAGGAGCUGAAAAAGGACCAUUCUGACAUGCAAGCAGUGAUUGAUUCCAAACAGAAAAUUAUUGAUGCACAGGAGAAGAGGAUAGCAUCUCUGGACGCGGCCAACGCUCGGCUGAUGAGCGCCCUGACGCAGCUGAAGGAGCGCUACAGCAUGCAGACCCGCAACGGCAUCAGCCCCACCAACCCCACCAAGCUGCAGAUCACCGAGAACGGCGAGUUCAGGAACAGCUCCAACUGUUAAUCUACACACACACACACACACGCGUCCGCACACACACACCAACCUACCCCACCAAACUACACAUUGCCGAGAACAGAGAGUUUCAACUGUUAACCUGCACACACACACACACACACACACACACUCCAAAUCCGGAACGGAGUAUUCAGAAACUGUAUACCUACACACACAUACACACACACACACACACACACACACACACAUCCUCGCAUGCAUGCACAAAACAUCAUCAGUCCAACCAACUCUACAAAACAGCACAUCACUGACCGGAGGAUAUAGGAAUAACACACACACACACACACACACACACACACACACACACACACACACACACACACACACACACACACACACACACAAAUCAGCACACAUCAUCACCAAUAACAGAAACAGCAACAGCAGCAACUACAGCAGCAACAACCUACAACUGCAUUUUGAUUGAAAAUGUUCAAGUACAGCUUCAGAUGAUAGCAAACACACAUGCAGAAAUGAAACUCACACAUGCACACGCGCGCGCACACACACACACAGAGACACACACACACACACACACAGAACAUCGUGUAGAUAUCCACUUUUGCCAGGUGUCAUUGGACAACACUCGGACAAUCUGAUUGGACAGACCCCAUUGGACAGACCCCAUUGGACGGACUUUAUUGGACAGACUGCAUCGUCAUGUUUUGCCCGGAUCCAAGAGGAGCAUCCGCAGAGACAUGCUGCUGCCACCUGGGACUGAACCACUAUACAGCAUAGCCACACACACACACACACUCACAGACACACACACACACACACUCACACUCACUCACACACACACACACACACACACACACACACACACACACACUCACACGUGACACAUCUAGUCCGGCAGCAAACAUCUCCCCUCUUCCUUCUCCUCUUUUCUCUCUUUCCCUCUAUCUGUCUGUGCAAUCGCUCCAAGCUCAUUUGACUCUAGCGGACUCUCUUCCAACUGAAAACAAUACUGUCAUCACGUGCAAUGAUUCUAUUUGUCCGUUUAGAGUCCAAACCGAUUUGGGCUUCAUUAACCAAAUAGGACUUCUGACCUCUGCUAGUCUCUGGCCCACCCCCCAGGCCCCAAGGCAAGCCCCCUUACCGAUGCGACCUCCCCUUGACUCCUCGUGUCCUUUCGAGUGCACUUCUGUGUGUCUGCCUUCAUAGUCUCCUCAAGUCCUCCAACUUUGUGCACUUUGCGAAAAGCUCUUCAGUAUGAGAAGCCUUAAAAUGAAUGGAACGUCCCUCCUCAACUUAUACUUCAAUCAGCAAAAAACUAUUUUUUAACAUAAAAUAUACAGAAAUUAUAUUAUUAUACAAUACAUAAUUUAUCCCGGAAAAAUAAAUUAAAUCUGAGAUAUACAGCAUAGUUAUAUAUAAAGUAUAUUACAGAAUCUAUUAAGAUGGCAAGUGUAUAGGGAUGUAUACAUUUGAAAUCAGUCUGUUCCCACGAAAAGAGCAGAAAUGUGCUGUGUGUUAUUUGAUGUUAUUUGCCGUCACCCCUGUCCGGGUGUUUCUAUUUUAUUUUGACUUCUAAUUGUUUUUAUUUUCCUGAUGGUCAAGUCCCAGGUUACUGCUUCAUGUGCACUUAAUGCUAGGACACUAGGUCCUGCGGCCUCAGUAGUGCACACUUCAGAAUGAGUGCACUUAGUGCUAGGACACUGUCCUGCAGCCUCAGUAGUGCACACUUGAGUGCUCUUACUUCGAGGAAGGAGUAAUUUGAGUGUUCUUUGGGUCAAUCUACAGUAUCUGUUAUUGAUGUAUCUAUGGACUGUUAUUUUAAUUUACUUUUUUGUUAUUAAUAUCUCUCACCCCUUGUUUCUGCUCCUGAAUGUUCUGGUGUGGUCUUGUUGGCCUAUGAGAGAGAGGGAGAAAAAGAGAGAGUACUAAUAAAAGAAAUGAUCAGCCAACGAGUAUUGUGGCAGUAUCGCCCCCUAGGGGAUGGAAGGGCGAAUGUCACCGUAGCACACGCCCAUAAGGGUUCGCUGUGAAGCUCCACAUGCAGCUUAAAGCUGCCGUGCCCUGGUCCCAAUGCAGACUCUAAAGCCCACACUCCUUCACACUCUCCUUCUGUUCUUUUCUUCUUCUCCUCCUCUACCUUACCUUCAUCCCUCUCUCAUUUUCUUAAUGUGACUGUGGAUGCUCAGCCUUCAAUGUACCCAACACUGAUGUGAGCUUGCCACGUUGGAUGUCCAAAACGCCACUCGGAAAAACUCCAAACACUGAUGUGAUUUUUGCCACAUUGGAUGCUCCAACUCUACUCUUAAUACCCCAAACAGACGUGAUUUUGCCAAGUUGCCCCCCACCCCUGCUCCUGUGUUCUCACAUGUCCGCAAGACAUUUCAGCAUUUUUACUUUGUAUAUUUUUGUAUUGUAUUUUUUAUUAUUAUAAAUACGUACAAAACAAUCAGCCAGACAGAGAACCAGUGGACAAGUGCAUGCCUGUUGGUCAGCCUGCAACGAGCAGCUGACCGCACUGUUGCCAUUUGAACUCCCCUGUUGCCAGUGAGGACCGUGCGUGUGUGUGUGUGUGUGUGUGUGUGUGUGUCAGGAGAGUUUUUACAGUGGAAGACCUGUAAACAAAUGUGUGUGAGUGUGUGUGUGAGAGAGAGAGAGUGUGUGUGUUUAUUUCAGUGCAAAGGGGCUUCUGAGUACAUGUGUAAAUAUGAAUAAAAAUACGUCUGUGCUAUUUCCUUUGUAGUAGCCCACACUGGAAGGGUUGGCCCGCAUUCUUAGCUAGAUGCUCGGCCAGCGAGGUCCAGAACAGCGCGGCACCCGAGUCCGGCCCGGUCCUGUUUUGGGGUGCCCACCGGGUCGGGCCAGGGGGCCGCGGCAGUCCGCAGGCAACUGGGUUCUGGUGGUUCUGUUUGUAAAUGUACUCCAACACUGAGUGCCACUGUAGCUGGACCCGGUCCAGUUUGGAGUCGGUUCUGAUCUGUCUGGGGGCACUUUUAAUGUAAAUAGCCCUGUUUUUGUUUUUGUUGCUUUUUUUGUAUAUCUUUGACUUUAGGUCUGCUGGGGGUGUAGGACACUCAAACCCAGUAACCUUCUGUUGUUUUGUUUUGUUUUGUUUUGUUUUGUUUUUGUUUGUUUUCCUGCCACUGUUGGAUACAACAUUCAGUUUUCUCUUGGAGCAGCCAACCCUGACUCGGACACAGACACAGAGUAAGACAGGGCAACGAGAGUGGACAGUGGUCAGUCUUGCAGUCAACUCCAGACACGAGAUGAUAAACAGAAGCACAAAGCCUCGUUAAGGCUCGCCGACUGCCUCGUUAACCUCGUUUAAGAUCAAUUGAAAUCAGGUCUUGGAUAAAGCAGAAGCUCUGGUCCCGAGAGCAGAACAUGAAUGUUUCAGACUGACAGAGAGAAGACUGAAUGUGUCACGCGAGAAGGAGAGGAGUCAUGAUUCUUUUAUUAAUUAAUAUUAUUAUUAUUAUUGUUAUUAUUUUAUUAUUUUUGUUCAAAAGCAGCCCUCCUCCCGUUUCUCCUGUACUCUGGUCACAUACUGUACUUUGAUGGUUCUGUCCAUUCCCAAGACUGUUGAAGAAAGUGUCGAUUUAGCAAACUCCAUUUGGUCUGAAACCAGCUGGAAACAAACAAGACUGAAAGCAGCUGCAUCAACACCGUGACCUGGCCGCAUGUCUGAGUGAGACUGUGGAAAUGCCUACGCUGUGGUUGAAUGUUACAUUUUUGGUUCCGCUUUUUUUCUGAUGGGACAGGAUGAAUGAGACGUGAUUGUAAGCCUUGCGACUCUCGAGGCUUCUUUAAAGAACGUUAGCCAAGGGCCUAAGGAACGUCGGUGGUGGAACAACACCCCUUCUCUUACCCCCCACCCCCCCAACCCCCCCCCCCCCACUCCCCCAUCACUGUUGACUUGUGUUGGGGCGUUCGUAGUCAGCGGCUGCUCAUCUUUCCAAAAACAAUUGUGUGUGCACACCAUGCCUUCAUACGGUAAUGUCACAGACUGAGAAUAUAAAUAUAAAUAUAUAUAUAAUAAAAAUAAUUAUUAUUAAAAAGUGAGAAAAUAUUCAUAUACUGUUAUCUCCAUGGUAAUACAGACUAUCCUCUACUGCAGAUAUAAAAGGUUAGCUUUGUCAAAAAGUAUGAAUCUCUGAAUAAAGUAACAGAUGUUAUAUGUUUUAUAAUCCCUGUAGAAAAUACUUUUGUAUGUACGUGGACAGUAAUGUAUUGGGUGGAUUCCACUUCACUGGAGGAUCAUGACUUGCUUAUUAAACAAUAAUGUACAGAGGAGUUUGUGUCUGACAAGAAAUGUGGCUGUGCAAUUUAUGUACAUUUGCAACUAGAAUGAUUAAAGUUUUAUUUAGCUAUUUUA